UGCUCCCGCUCCUAUCUCUGCUGGCGGCUAACAGCUAGCAGCUAGCUGUGAUGGCGGAGCUGGUGCAGGGACAGGCCUCCAUGAACCCGCCGGGGCUGAAGUCGGACGGCCUGGCUGACGUCUUCCAGAGGGCCCGACAGAUUGUUGGGAAGAUGGGAACAGAACCGCUGACUCACCUCAACAGCUCAUCAGGAAGUGGGGACCCGCUUUACUACCCCGGACCCAAGAGACCAGGAGACGAUGCAGGGAGUCAGCUUUCAAACAUGAGCCAUCAGAGGGUUCUCACAGAGGACUACAAGGUUCCAGACCGGAUGGUGGGCUUCAUCAUUGGCAGAGGAGGCGAGCAGAUCACAAGGAUCCAGUUGGAGUCUGGCUGCAAGAUUCAGAUUGCUGCUGACAGUGGAGGUCUGAUGGAGCGGCCGUGUUCCCUCACUGGAUCGCCUGAGAGCAUUGAACAGGCUAAGCGGUUGCUCAUCCAGAUCGUAGAUCGAUGUCGGAACGGUCCUGGAUUCCAUGGUGAUGGAGAGGGCGGAGCCUCUGUGCAGGAGAUGUUGAUCCCUGCUAGUAAAGUUGGAUUAGUGAUCGGACGAGGAGGAGACACAAUCAAGCAACUGCAGGAGAGGGCAGGCGUGAAGAUGAUGAUGAUCCAGGACGGUCCCAUGCCGACUGGUGCUGACAAACCCCUUCGUAUCUCAGGAGAUCCAUACAAGGUCCAGGCGGCCCGGGAGCUUGUUCUGGAAGUGAUCCGAGACAAGGACGGAGACUUUCGCUCAGGACGAAGCGACUUCAGCGCUCGGCUUGGAGGAACCAGUAUAGACGUACCAGUUCCCAGGUUCGCUGUAGGGAUCGUGAUUGGGCGGAAUGGCGAGAUGAUCAAAAAGAUCCAGAAUGAUGCUGGAGUCCGGAUCCAGUUUAAAGCAGAUGACGGUAUCAGUCCAGAACGUGUUGCCAUGGUGAUGGGUCAGCCAGACCGCUGCCAACAUGCAGUUCACCUCAUCAACGAGCUCAUUCAGACAGCACAGGAGCGCGACGGCUUCACCUCGUCUUUGAGGAGCAGCCGGGUCAGAGGUCGUGGUGACUGGGCGAUGGGGUCCCCUGGCCCUCUACAGGAAGUGACGUACACCAUCCCAGCAGACAAGUGUGGCCUUGUCAUCGGCAAAGGAGGGGAGACGAUCAAGAGCAUCAACCAGCAGUCAGGGGCUCAUGUGGAGCUGCAGAGGAACCCGCCCCCCUCCACCGAUCCCAACACUCGCGUCUUCAUUAUCCGAGGCUCGGCUCAGCAGCUGGACCACGCACGCCAGCUCAUCGACGACAAGAUCGGGGGGGCAGGCAUCAUGAGCAAUGGUAGCUUUGGCUUCAGUCCCUUCACCCAGGGACACACAACACACCAGAACUGUGGCAGUGGUCAGACCUUCCUGACCGGCGUCUGGGGGAGCACAUACCAGACCGGCUGGCAGAGUGCUGGACAACAAGACCCAGGUAACACCGUCUGGUCCGCCUCACAGCUCCCGCCGGUGCUCAGUCUGUCUGUGUGUGUGUGUGUGUGUGACACAGGUCAGCAGAACCAGCCUCAGGGUGUGAUGACAGACUACAGUAAAGCCUGGGAGGAGUACUACAAAAAACAAAGUCAGUCGUCUCAGAGUUCAGUGGCAGACUACGGAGCAGCGCUCGCCGAAUACUACAGACAGCAGCCGUACCUUUGGAACCCGGCCCAGAUCCAGGACCACUAAAGGCUCCAGCACCGCAGAAGGUCCAGGAUGACGGGGGCCACACGAUGAUGUUUCCCGCCAAGACGCUUCCUCCUCAGUAGAGAAACUCAAGUUUAACUGAAUCACAACUUCUUUCUGUUUCACGUCACCUGGUGGAUGUUUGGGGCGGUGCGCCACGUCUUCGCUGACUUGAACAAAAAUCUAUAAACUAUUUUGUCUAGUUUUAUUUUCCUAUCAGAAGACGCUUCCAGAAGACCCCUUAUUUUAUUUUGUUAACUUUUAAAGCAUGUUUGUGUUUCACUGCCGCAGAAAUGUUUUAACAGCCUCCAAGUUUUUUACUAAAUCAGCGUCGUCUGAGGACGAAAUGACUUUUGGUUCCUUUAGCUCUUCAGCUCUGAUGACGUGUACUUCCAAUAAAAAAGGACCUGAA